UGCCCCAAAACUCCCUAGCAGCUUGCACCUUCACUUUCGUCUCUACUGCGUACUCCAUGAAAACUACACCCAGCUACUGUCACCCCCCCCCCAGUUCAAAUCAGACUGAUUUUUUCAGGCACAAUUAAGUUGAUCUAGGCAGUUAAAUCAAGCUAAGUCAACUUUUGAUAUGUAAAUGGGUGAUUCAAGCAAACUAACUAAUUAGAUUAGCCAAUCACAGUAAAUAAUUAUGAGAGAGUAAUAAUUUGAAAGUGGGUUCAAUCUCACUGCAUAAAAUACUUCAGCCAGAUUUGAUAAUGUGGCAGAAAUCUGUUUCAGGUGGAUUAUAUAAAAACAGCACAAAUAAGAUUUAUUGUUUAUUGAUAGAGAAGGUUUCUAAGAUGUGCACCCCAUGCCAGACCAUGGAUGCUCAGGAAUUAUCUUGGCCUGUGGAAUCUCGCACAAUUAGUUUGACAACAUUUGCAAAGGAUCGCUGGCAAAUCAAAAAUAUUUCUAAGUCAACUACUGGAAAACUUCAUCAAUUCGAAACAGUCAGAGAAAAGAUGUACUUCACAGUUCAGCCAGAGUCAAUGGUGAUUAAGAUUGAACAUGCUGUAUUGGCCACAAAGUUUUUGAGAGGAAAAGAAGUGAAGGACCUGGCAGCUUCACAAAGAAACAUGAGGGGCUAUCUGCACAGCCAUGAUGGAACUAUUCUAAAAAGCCUUUCGUCCAAUGAGAACAGUGCCUUGAUAGGAAUGGCAGAUAAGCUCACCAUCCAGGAGAUUCUUAAAGCAGCUGGAGUGACAAGUUUAGAUGAACCCUCUGAUGCUCUUAAUGCUAAGGGAAAGCCUUUUCGUCGGCAUGGCAUAGUGUUACACAUGGCCAUUACUUAUCAAAAUUCUGAGUCAACUUUUCUGGGAACGGGGUAAGUGGUUUUGAGCAUUCCUGUUUCUCAAUCCUAUUUCCACCAUUCUUGCGUAGAAACAAAACUUUUUGACAGGUUCAUCAUAUGGUAGGUAGGUAAAGUUUGCAUAUGAACCAAGUGGCCCAUCAGGCCCCUGCUUAUCUCCUGUUUCAGUAACAUGAAGUGACAAGGAGUAUUUCCAUUCCCCCCCUGGAUCAGAUGCUAGUUCAUUGCAGGGUUUACCCC